UUAUUUUCUUGCACGAGUUUGUAGGUCAUAUGUCCUUGUUAUUUAUUAGCGUAAUAAAAGACCCCCAAUUUGUCUCUAAACGAUCACAAUGUAAGCAAUUUGGGAUGAUUGAGCAUUUGCCCCUUUAUAUAUUUACUCAAUUUAUUCCUUAUCACAAAAUCAAUACUCUUGUUGACACUCCACACCAUUGGCAGCCCUGAUGUUUGACAAGUAACCUUGACACAUGAUCGGCUGUUUACAAAUGGCUGUUUAUAGCCCCCUUUUAAUUCAAAUUUAAUCCAUCAAACGGCCAUAAAAUGGCAUAUUUCCAUUAUCGUUGUGGCGAACGAAUCACUUUAUUAAACGACAACUGCACGGCGGUGCGCAGCGACAGCGACUUCGACAACGGCCUAGUAAUAACAGCGGAGCCUCUAGUCAGCGACGUGCUCUUCGAGAUCAAGAUUGAUCGAAAAGUAAACUCGUGGUCAGGCAGUCUUGAGAUAGGAGUAGUCGACUGUGAUCCUCUGCACUUUGAUUUCCCUGCGUGCUCCUCCAAGAUACAGAACCCAUCAUGGAUUAUGUCAGGAAUGUCGUUCUUCAGGAGCGGAAAUUGCGUGAUCGAGAGGUAUGGUACUGAUUUGGAUAAGCUCAAUCAGGAUGAUAGGAUAGGGUUGAUGCGCACCUCCGAGGGCGACUUAAUUUUUUACGUGAAUGGAGAAUCUCAAGGUGUCGCCGCCGAAAACGUCCCUAAUUUAAUCUACGCCAUCGUCGACGUCUACGGCAAGUGCGUGCAAGUCAGUAUUACCAGUCCAGCACUUCGCGAGCACAAUAACGACGACUGCCUCAGCGGCAGUUCGGUCUUAGCUAUAGAUAACGAUAUUUUGAACGUUACUCUCGGGGGCGACUUGAGCGAGCUGAGCAUGAGCAGCAGCAACAGUCUCGACAUCCGCAUGGACAUGAACGUUAGCAUACUUUCCAGUUUGAGCCUCCCCGAGGAAUGUCCCCGUCCCGAUAAACUCCGCUUCCACGACCGCUGCGGCUCUCUUGUCAAACUCUCCAACGGGAACCGAACUGCCGAGCGUCGUCGCCCUCUGGACGAGUUCAAUAACGGGGUAGUGAUGACCCACCGCCCCCUUCGCGACUCGGAGUUGUUCGAAAUUCGCAUAGACCGUCUCGUGGAUAAGUGGAGCGGCAGCAUCGAGAUGGGUAUCACCACACAUAACCCCAGCACCCUCGUGUUCCCCGCCACCAUGACCAACAUGCGUAGCGGCACCAUCAUGAUGUCCGGUUGCGGCAUCCUGACCAACGGGAAAGGCACCAGACGGGAGUACGGCGACUUCAACUUGGACGAAUUGAGCGAAGGCGACAGGGUGGGGAUGAUGCGCAAACCCGACGGCAACCUGCACUACUUUAUUAAUGGGUUGGACCAAGGUGUGGCGGCCCAACGAGUCCCCUCCACCGUCUGGGGCGUGAUCGACUUGUAUGGGAUGACGAUUAAAGUCUCGAUUGUGGAGAGGGACGAGCGCGAGGAGCAGAACUUGAUGACGAGGAAGAACACGCGGGAUCAGCAGGUGUUGAUCCCCGAACCGCAGCCCCUCCCCGAUUACUACGACCGCCUCACGUUCCACCCCAAUUGCGGGACGCACGCCCAAGUCAUUAAUAACGGGAGGACGGCGCAUAGGCCGAACGCCGCCGAUGAUUUUAACAACGGGGUGGUGUUGACGGCACGCCCCCUCAAAACGGGAGAGCUGUUCGAGGUGCGGUUGGACCGCGUGGUGACGAAGUGGGCGGGGAGUAUCGAAAUAGGCGUGACCACGCACAGUCCGGUGGACUUGGAGUUUCCGUUUACGAUGACGAAUGUGAGGUCGGGGACGUGGAUGAUGACGGGGAGUGGAAUCAUGCACAACGGGACGAUCGUGCUGGAGCAGUACGGGGUGAAUCUGGACCGGUUGCAAGUGGGGGAUAGAGUGGGGGUUGUGAGGAAGGAGAACGGGUUGCUGCACUUCUUCGUGAACGGGGUGGACCAAGGGGCGGCGGCGUCCAACGUGCCGGAGAAAAUCUACGGGGUGAUCGAUCUGUACGGGCAGGCCGUGGAAGCCUCCAUCAUAGACAUGUAUGACUACGGCUCGCCGGAUACCAUCAAUUCCAGUCUGUCAAACACAACGCUGUACAGCGACCUCCGCUUCCACCACGUCCACGGUAAGAACGCCCGAAUUGUCAACAGCGGGCUGACCGCCCUCCGGCCGCGCCCUCUUUCCGAGUUCAACGACGCCAUCGUCUUCUCGAGUCGGCCGCUGCGCGACGGCGAGCUCUUCGAGGUCUGUCUCGACAACAUCGUGGAUCGCUGGUCGGGGAGCAUCGAGCUUGGGGUGACCGCGGUCCGUCCCGACGAUAUCGAGCUUCCAGGCACCGCCACAGACUUGUGUCGCGACACGUGGAUGCUGAGCGGCUCCUCCGUCAUGGAGAACGGCACCACCAUCAAAAACAACUACCCGUGUGACCUGGAUAGCCUCGACGCUGGCGUCCGAAUCGGCGUGGUGCGUUCCUCCGACAAAACUCUGGAGUUUUACAGGGAUGGCGUCCCGCAAGGACCCGCCUGCACGGUGUCUCACAGCACCGUCUACGCCGUCAUCGACCUGUAUGGUCAGUGUGCACAAGUGAGCAUCCCGUGCGUGUCGCCGCUGGCGACGAUGCCGUCGAACCUAGAGAACUGUCCGCGCUCGGACACCUCCAUCAGUCUGCAGGCGGUGAGCGUGGUGCAGCCGACGGUGCAGACGGACCUGCAUAUCUUCUCCGAGUACCACGGGAAAGGAGUGACUCUAGGCGACGGCGGACGAUUAGCUAAAAGGGGAAAGGAUUUGAGCGAGGCGGUAGUUUGCAGCGCCACGCAUCUCGUGCAGGAGGAGCUAUUCGAGAUCUCGAUCGUCUCAUUGGUCGAGCACUUGGCGGGGAGCAUCGCGGUGGGCGUGACGGGAACGCCUCCCAGCAAAGCCAACCCUCUCGACGAUUGCUGCUACAUCACCGGCAACGAGCUCAGGCACAAGAACAAGACAAUCCAGUUGUUCACGCCGAGUUUGAACUGGCUGAACGUGGGGGAUCGCGUUGGGUUACUCCGAACCCAAGACGGCGCGCUGAAGAUCUUCAUCAACAGCGAAGAACUCGCUUUGAAUUUCCCGCCGCUUCCGGACACGCUCUACGUGGUCGCGGAUUUGAGGGGUUCUUGCAGCUCCGUCUCCGUUACUAGUCAUAAAGCACCUUUGUCUCCUCUCAACAGCAUACGGCUCCAGGACAGUUUGGAGUUGGUGCAGGAACAGCUCAAAGACGUCGAAGUCGAUAGCGUCGUCUACGAAUUCCACGAGAACCACGGCCGCAAUAUCGAGAUCGUGGAAGGACGAACGACCGCGAGGAGGGUGGCGUCGUACAAUCAGGGCGUGGUUAUCGCCCAGCCCGCCCUCGAAGUCAAUUCGAAGGUCCAAAUCAUAAUCGACCAAUUGGAAACGCGGUGGCAGUCGUCGAUUAUCGUAGGCGUGGUUUCGGGGCCUCCGGAACGGUUGAACCUCCCGGUGAACGCGUUGGCGUUCAAAGCUCCUUGUUGCAUCGUCGCCAACGACUGGGUGUCGAUCAACGGGAUGAAGUCCCGGUCGAACUAUGGCCAGAAGUUGAGUACCCUUUCGGUCGGAGACACCGUGGGGGUCGUCUUGACAGCUACAGGCUUGAAGUUACUGGUGAACGGGGUCGAGGAGGAACUCCUCGCUUUCGUUUUCCAAACCGGGCAAGCCAUUUAUGCAGUAUUCGAUUUGUACGGACAGUGCCAACAGAUUAAAAUUUUGAACGACGUCGCUGCGCAAGAGACGACCGAAACCCCGGUGACCGAUUUCGAAAAGGCGGAUUUGGAGAGCUGCGAGAAGGAACGCUUGACGCUUCCUAUACCUUCGGCUAGUACUAGUUUGACGUCAUCGGUGACCGUCCAACGCCCCAGCCCCCUUUCGCCGGUGAAGCCAAUCAUUUGUGCGUUCCGCGAGGAAUGCGUUAGCUUCAAGAAACGCCUCCUCUUGCCAGAUCACUACUUCACGUCGGACGAGCCGACGUGUUAUUGCUCCACAUGCAUCAAAGUCAAGAGUCAGGGUGAAAAGGACAAUUCGUUGUUGGGUUGGGUCAAGUUCCCGCUGAAGAACCUGGCCAACACGGCGACGGACAAGUGGCACACCGCGUUCUACCCGAGCAAGAUGGGGGCGGUGCGGUGCAUCCUGGAUAAGGGACAGCCCUUGACUAAAGGGCAAGCGCAAUGGUGUAAUUUGGUGGUCCAGAAGGAAGACGACGUGCAGGUGGUGUUCUACCCGACGUUACAGAGUUGCAAGAGCGGGGGGUACAAGAUGAAGGACAGAGAGGCGCAUGCCGCGUUUCAGUUGCUGGUGAAGCCCAGCGCGUAUUCGGUGUCCAGGGAUCCGCCGGAGUGGAGCACCAAGGAGACUGGAGCCAUAGUUUUAAACGCGUUGCUGAUCCAAGUGACGUUGUCUUAAUGUAUUUUCUCACUGGAUUAAAUGUCUAGCACUUCCGGUUAUUUUUUUAAUCUGCUGUGAUUUGUCCGUGGAACGAAGUAUUGGAUCUGGAACGCGUCAGUGUGAUAUUUUUUUUUAUUUAAGUUCCAGGUUCGUCCGUAGCUGAUUGACUUAUGUUACCGAUGCUAUUUUAAUCACUCGACUAUACCCCACUGUUAAGUUUGAUUUAGGUUCCUAAUAAAAAAUAACGUUGACCA